AUGGCGUCCUCGGGUGUCGAAUACUCGACAGCCUCGCCGCCAGCUUACGCGGCUGCGAAUGAUGUCACAGAUACCGAGAAAAGUGCUAUGGGCCGUCCGGAUAGCCAUAUCGAGUCCCUCACCACCGUCAACAAUAGCGACGGCACGCAUCGCAAACUCAAACCUCGCCAUAUCCAACUAAUCGGUAUUGGUGGAACCAUUGGCACGGCUCUCUAUGUUCAGAUCGGAAAAGGCCUUUUGCAGGGCGGGCCGGGAAGCCUCUUUAUCGCCUUCUCGCUCUGGUGUGCGGUCAUUCUGGCCAUAACCAUGUCUAUGGCCGAAAUGGUUACAUAUUUGCCCAUCUCUUCACCAUUUGCAAUUCGCUUUGCUGGUCGCUAUGUAGAUGAGGCCUUUGGCUUUGCUGCUGGUUGGAAUUUUUUCAUCUUCGAGGCCGCCCUUGUGCCAUUUGAAGUAACAGCAUGCAAUGUGGUUAUUCACUACUGGAGUGAUAUUGUGCCAGCCGGCGGGAUCAUCGCAAUCGUCCUGGUGCUUUAUGCACUGAUCAAUGUCCUGGCUGUUAAAUGGUAUGGUGAGACUGAGUUUUGGGCUGCGCUUGGUAAAGUCUUGCUUAUCGUUGGGUUGAUCAUAUUCACCUUCAUUGUGAUGUUGGGCGGUAAUCCCCUACAUGAUCGAUUUGGCUUUCGAUACUGGUACGAACCUGGAUCGUUCGCAGAGUACUACACGACUGGUUCCCUCGGCAGGUUCCAGGGCUUCAUGCAAUGCUUGAUCCAAGCCUCUUUCACGAUCGCCGGGCCUGACUACGUCUCAAUGGCUGCCGGCGAAGCUGAGAACCCUCGUGUGGUCAUGCCUAAAGCUUUCAAUGCCGUGUUUUAUCGGUUGACCACCUUUUUCAUGCUCGGUUCCUUGUGUGUGGGGAUUCUAGUUCCGUACAACGACGCUGAAUUGACGCAAGCCUUCGCCAAUUCCGAGCCGGGCGCAGCAGCUUCGCCGUAUGUCGUCGCGAUGAACCGACUCGGAAUCCCAAUCUUACCGCAUAUUAUCAAUGCUAUGGUCUUGACCGCCGCUUUCUCUGCCGGCAAUAGCUACGUGUACUGCGCGUCCCGAUCACUCUACGGACUAGCUCUCGAGGGCAAGGCACCCAAGUUCCUUACAAGAUGCACGGGGAGAGGUGUCCCUAUCUACUGCGUGUUAAUUGUCUUAAUUAUUGCGUUGCUUGCGUUCCUUCAAGUGAGCGAAAACGCUGCUGUUGUCCUGAGCUGGUUCGUUAGCCUUGUAACCGCGUCUCAGCUCAUCAAUUUCAGUGUCAUGUGCGUUACGUACAUCUGCUUUCAUCGAGCGCUGAGGGUACAAGGAAUUAGCCGCGAUACCUUGCCAUACAAGGGUGUCUUGCAGCCAUACGCCGCAUAUUUCGGAUUGUUCGCGACUUUCGUUAUGACUUUCAUAGGCGGCUACACGGUUUUCUUGCCGGGGAAGUGGGAUGUACCAACUUUCCUAUUCUCUUACACGAUGAUUGGUGUGUGCCCGCUCCUUUUCAUUGGUUGGAAGGUAGUCCACAAGACCCGAUUUCAUAGACCCUAUGAAGUUGAUCUGCUCAGAGAUGUUGCUGCUGUCGAAGACUACACCACCAAAUUCGUCCCAUCGCCGCCGAGGAAUAUCUUCUCCAAGUGGUUCAAUUGGAUAUUUAGUUAAGAUACUACAUCAAGUGACGAAGGCAUCAUCUCCCUGUCCAUCCUUUUCCUCUUGUCCUAGUAGGACAUGUUACUUUCGUCAUUCAUCAAAAGGUAGAAUAGCUGCAUCAUGGCUUAGAUGCAUGUACGACGCUACGUCAUUCGGAACUUAUCAUUACUAUAUUUUUAGCCUUUAUUAAACAAUAUACGCAAGUUAUCUAAUUUACAUCCUCACCAUAAAUUGCCUGUCUGAAGUCUCACCGGUGUCAUCUAUUACGUGUGCCCGAUAUUGCCGAUCGCCCUGAUAUGUUCAAAGGAGUCAAUUUUGGAUCUGCUUCCAAACUGGCAAACGAGACAUUCGCCGUCCUUUCCGUUUCCGAUAGCACUUUCAUCUCAUACGCGCCUUUACCCUCGGAACCCAUCUUUGCAAUCCCUUCUUUUCGCCCAUACCAAAACGCGAAGACUAUCAAUGCGAGGAUACCUAAACCUCCAAACACGGCGCCGAGUAUAACGGCAUCAAAGUUCGACGAAGAGGGCUCACUAUUCACAAUAGUAGGUGUAGCCGGUCCUGUUUCUAUUGGGGAGCCGUCGGUUACUACGGCCGUGGUGGCAUCGACAGCAACCAGUGGCAAUGUCAACCUUGAUGUCAUUGGCACCGUUUGAUACAGCGUGUCUAUCUCGACACCAGCACAGAGCGGUUGUGUAAAAGCUGGUUCCUUAUCCCCAUACGCCAAGAAGAUCUGUCGCAGAU